AUGUACCAUUUAGAUCCGCCUCCGUAUUCAGUUGAAACCACCAAGAGGGAACUCAAACAGCUAUACCAUGAUAUGACAUUGAUAAGGCGCAUGGAGCUUGCCGCAGACGGUUUAUAUAAAGACAGGAAAAUCCGUGGCUUUUGCCAUUUAUCUACUGGACAGGAGGCAGUCGCUGUCGGUAUCGAGCAUGCACUUACUAAACAUGACAAACUUAUAACCGCAUACCGUUCCCAUGGGUUUACCUUGAUGCGUGGAGGGACUGUGAAGUCUAUCGUUGGGGAAUUGCUUGGACGAAGAGAUGGCAUCUCUUAUGUAGGUGCUGGAAUCGCGUUCGCUCAACAAUACAACGAUGCGAAUAAUGUCACCAUCGAUCUCUAUGGUGAUGGAGCAGCCAAUCAAGGCCAAGUUCACGAAUCCUUCAAUAUGGCUAAGCUGUGGAAUCUACCUGUGAUAUUUUGCUGUGAGAACAAUAAAUACGGUAUGGGAACAUCUGUUGACAGAGCCUCUGCUAUGACCGAAUACUACAAGCGUGGCCAGUACAUCCCGGGGCUACGAAUUAACGGAAUGGAUGUCCUUGCCGUCCUUUCAGCAGUCAGAUAUGGCAAGAAUUUCGUCCAAACAGGAAAUGGACCCCUGGUCUAUGAAUACCUCACAUAUCGAUAUGCGGGUCACUCAAUGUCAGACCCAGGAAUUGCAUAUCGAAGCCGUGAAGAAUUGAAAGAGCAGCGUGCGAAUGACCCAAUCUCUAACCUCAAAGAGAAGUUAAUUGAGUGGGGUGUAUUCUCGGAGGAGGACGCCAAAUCAAUUGAUAAAAAUGUACGCAGCAAAGUGAACGAUGAGGUGGCCGAGGCUGAAAGGAUGCCUGAGCCCGAGACAAAACUCGACAUUUUGUUUGAGGAUACAUAUGUUCGUGGUAGUGAGCCGCAGCAACGGCGAGGAAGGACCAUCGAUGAAACUUAUUAUCGGGUUUAG